AUGCCUCCUGCCGACGGAGAAAUGCAGCCGGAGAUUGAGUCCGUAGCUGUCAUAGGGGCCGGUCCAUGUGGCUUGGCUGCGGCAAAGUACCUUGUCGCCGAGAGGAAAUUCACCAAAAUCGAGAUUUUCGAGCAGCGUGAUACUGUGGGAGGCGUUUGGGCUUACAGCCCGUUGAAUAUAGUUGACAACAACUUCACUAUCCCGAGAACGGAGCCAUCGCAGGACCCUGAUACUGCCGUGAAAGUGGAAGGAAAGGGAGCUCCAGAAUUUGUGUCACCCGUUUAUGAGUCUCUUGAAACAAACAUUCCGCAUGUCCUCAUGAAUUAUUCCGAUCAGAAGUUCCCAGAUGAAUCAGCACUAUUUCCGCCUCAUGCUGCUGUGAAGGAGUAUCUCGAGGCAUAUGCGGCAAGCCUGAAGCCAGUGCUGUCCCUUUCAACGCAGGUUCUCAACGCCGCCAAAGUCAACGACGGCACCCAGAGCCGAUGGGAAAUCGAGGUUCUCGACCUAGUGUCAGGUACCAGGAGAAAGAGCUUCUUCGAUGCGAUAUUCGUUGCCAGCGGCCAUUACAAUGACCCAUUCAUCCCUGAUAUUGCAGGGCUUGCCGACUUUAGCAAAGCGUAUCCGCGAUCAAAAGUCGUUGUUGUUGGAAACUCGGCGUCUGGAAUAGACCUGAGUAUCCAGAUAUCAAGUGUUGCUCAGCGGCCUGUCGUCGUGUCAGAAAAGGCCGCUUCUAAUACUACCUCUGAUGAGAACACAGAACUCAAGAUGGCUCCCGAAAUUGUCCAAUUCGUGCCCAACGGACGAACUCUGCACUUCUCUGAUGGCACAGAGGAGUCGAAUGUUGACUCUGUAGUCUUCUGCACAGGCUACUUUUAUACCUACCCUUUCCUCCGAAGCCUUUCCCCCCCCGUCACAUCUACCGGUUCACAUGUUCAACACCUAUACGAGCAGAUUCUAUAUAUUGAUGACCCGACAAUUGCAUUCAUUGGUGUCCCUCAACGAAUCGUUCCCUUCCCAGUUGCCCAAGCGCAAAGUGCCUGGGUUGCACGCAUCUGGGCAGGCCGACUCACUUUCCCGCCAACGUCUCAGAUGCGAGCCUGGGAAAGUGAGACGUAUAAAGACGGGAACAUGGGCAAGUCUGUACACAAUCUGGCUUUCCCUAAGGACGUCAACUAUAUCAAUAAACUCCAUGAUUGGAGUUUGGCUGCGGCUAAGAGAGACGGCCUGGAGAACGAUGGAGCAGGCAAAAUGCCACCGUACUGGGAUUCCAAGGCGGCAUGGACGAGGGAACGAUUCCCAUUGAUCAAGGCCGCAUACAGAGGGUACGGGGGCCGCAAACAAGAUCUAAAGACGAUUGAAGACUUGGGGUUUAUAUAUGAAGGCAGUGGUGGAGGAAGGCUUUGA